AUGGUUUCAAAUGUGACAUUAUGCCUUGGCACUUUAUUUCGUGAAAUAAACAAUGUCGAAUGCUUAAUUACUCGUAAAAUAGGAUCAAUUAUAUUACUUGUAUCAAUGUUUUCAAUUAUAUUUAAUGUUCGUUUUAUUUAUUGGUCAUCUUAUCAUCGACAUCUUCGAUUUCGUCAUUACUCGUUAGUGUUAUCAAUGGUUUUAUCGUCAACAUCAGUAAUAAUUGUUAUAGUGCCAUCAAUAUUUAUCCAAUGUUUAUCUUGUCAUCGAUUGUGUUCAUCAUUUUAUUGUCAAUUAGAAGGUUUUGUUUCUUAUUUAAAUGGUUGCGUUCAUAUGUUUACGCUAAUGAUGAUAUCAGUUAUUCGUUAUGCUACAGUUUUCGAAACCAAUAUACAAAAUCGAUUCAUUGAUCAACAUUCAUAUUGGACAGUUAUAGUUUGUUGGUUAUUUGGCCUUAUUUUUGCAUUACCACCAUUAUUUAAUUGGAAUAAAUAUACACCUGAAGGAAUUGGUUUUCAUUGUGGACUAAAUUGGUUUGAUCGAUCACUUAGUUCACUUAUUUAUUUCAUAUUAGCUUUUGCAUUCAUUUACUUCAUUCCAUUAGUUGUAUUAUUAGUUAUUAAUAUAUAUGUUUAUUGUAAAAUUCGAUCUUUACUUAAUCGUGCAACAAGAAUAUCAAAAUCCAAUCUUUUAUUAAAUAUAUCUUAUCAAAAACAUCAAUCAACUUCGUUAAGUUCAUCAUCAAAGAGUAGUUCAACAACUAAAUGUGAAAAACUUGGUUUUCCUAUUGAAGCAAAUUCAAUGAAUCUAAAUUCUCGAUUAGCUAUUCGUCAAAUGCGUACCUUGCAGUUAAAUUAUUUCAUGCGAUU